AAAAAUGAAACCGGUGUUGCUCUCGGAAACCAAAUCGGCCUCUGUUUUCGCGGCGAUUUUGGUUUUCUGCAUCUGCUUUACCUCCAUUGAUGCUUAUGAUGCCCUUGAUCCUAAUGGGAACAUAACUAUCAAAUGGGAUGUUAUACAGUGGACUGCAGAUGGCUAUGUUGCUGUUGUUACAAUCUACAACUUCCAGAAAUAUCGACACAUUGAGCUGCCGGGGUGGAAGUUGGGUUGGACAUGGGCCAAAAAGGAAGUGAUUUGGGAGGCGAGAGGAGCUCAAGCCACAGAGCAAGGCGAUUGUUCAAGAUUCAAAGGAAACAUUCCGCAUAGUUGUUUAAAGACCCCUACCAUCGUUGAUCUGUUGCCCGGUACACCUUAUAACCAACAGUCUGCAAACUGUUGCAAAGGUGGAGUUGUAAGUUCUUGGGUCCAAGAUCCAGCAAAUUCCGCCAGCUCUUUCCAGUUAAGCGUUGGUCAAGCUGGCACGACCAACAAAACUGUAAAGGUACCAGUGAAUUUCACCCUCCUAGCACCGGGGCCAGGGUAUACAUGUGGACCGGCUAAAAUAGUGCAGCCAACCAGAUUUUUGAGUCCAGAUAAAAGGAGAACUACUCAAGCUCGAAUGACAAUGAACGUGACUUGCACAUAUUCGCAAUUUCUGGCUCAGAAGACUCCAAGCUGUUGUGUCUCACUAUCCUCGUUUUACAAUCAAUCGAUUGUGAGCUGUCCAACUUGUUCUUGUGGCUGCCGGAGUCUAGCUCAACCAGGCAGCUGUGUGGAAUCGCGUUCUCCACACAUAGCUUCAGCUCUUUCGAGAUCAGACACGAGUAAUCAAACUCUCCUGCAGUGUACCAACCACAUGUGCCCUAUCCGAGUCCAUUGGCAUGUCAAACUCAAUUACAAACAGUAUUGGCGCGUGAAGAUUACAAUCACCAAUUUCAACUAUGCAAGGAACUAUACGCACUGGAAUCUCGUUGUUCAACAUCCAAACUUCAACAAUCUCACUCAGAUAUUCAGUUUCAACUACGAACCUUUAACACCAUAUGGCUCCAUAAAUGACACUGCCAUGUUAUGGGGAGUUCAGUUCUACAAUGAUAUGCUGAUGCAAAACGGGCCUUCUGGGAAUGCGCAGUCGGAGCUUUUGUUCAUGAAGGACAAGACAAGCUUCAGCUUCGAACAAGGGUGGGCUUUCCCUCGGAGGGUAUACUUUAAUGGUGACAACUGUGUUAUGCCACCGCCAGAUGCCUACCCAUUUCUACCUAAUGAGAGUGCUUCUGCAGCUCUCUGCACGCCUCGUCUAAUAGCAGCUCUGCUGGUAUCUUUAGUGAGUUUGUUUUUACAUCAUUGGUUGGUUUGAGUUGGGGAAAUCUAGAAGACAACUGCUAAUAUAACUGAUUGUUGGUGAUGGAAUUUUUCUGUAUAGUGAACCAAAUAGGAUGCAUUCUUUUCUGUUUUGCUUUCCUGCUGAUUGUAUCUGUAUACCAACACAAAAAAUUUAA